UCUCUCCUUCGGACCGUUGUCUCUCCCUCUGUCUGCAGGAAAACCCUCUAAAACCUAGCAAUGGCGGUCACAGCACUUUCCGAGCGCCAAGAAAUCCAGAGGCUUCCCCAAUAUAAAUACGUCGAUGCAGUUCGCUGGCUCCCAUCGUUAUCUCCAUUCGAUCGAUUUGCGGUUCUUGCUUCAUUUGAUUCCGAUUCUGAUGCUUCUUCCAUCGAAAUCCACUCUUUCAAACCAAAUCCAGCAUCCUUAGAACCUCAUUCUUCGUGGGUUUCAACUUCCAGAGUCUCCUCACUCAAAACCUCACAGUUCCUUCAGAAAACGGUCAUUGCUGCCUCAACUUUUGCUGGUUCUCUCCACUUCCUGUUCUCUAACUCCACUGACGCGUCUCUGGAAUCAGAAGUUUCAGUGCCGGAGAAAGAACUGCAUCGGGGACCAAUUUCAUCCGUUGAUCUAAUGGACGGUGGGGUGGAGUGCGUGAGUGUAGCGGAAGAUGGGAGGGUGAAUUUGGUCACUGUUGGGAAUUCAAAUGUAAGUUAUCGUCGGGUUUUUGAUAGCAGUGGCCUGGUGUCCUACACGGCAGCUAAGUGGGCAUCGCCGGUGGAGUUUGCCACUGGUGGAUAUGGAUUCAGUCUUCAUUGGUGGGACCAGAGAAAACCCGGCGGGCCGGUUUCGCAGUUUAAGGGUAACUGGGAUCAAAAAAUGACUGCUGGGAUUGUGCACUCUGUUGACAUUCAUCCAGCACGAAAGCACACAUGCCUAGCAGGUGGCUCCUUAGGUACUCUUUUUGCUUGGGAUCUCAGGUGGCAGCAACAACCUAUUAUUCUUUCAAUGGCAGGGACAGGAGCUGGCGACAACGAAGUCCAGUCAGUAUCCGAAAGUGAGGUUUGGGAGGUUCAAUAUGAUCGUUGCACCAAGUCUAAAAUGUCAUCUACCCAGAUCUUACCCGCCAUGAUCUGCUCAGAGGAUGGAAUCCUUGCUGUCAUCGAGCAAGGUGAGGAACCUAAAGAGCUGCUAGCAGAACCCUGUUCAAUAAAUUGCUUUGAUAUUGACCGGCAUAAUCCAUCGGAUGUGAUUUGUGGUUUGGAGUGGGAAGCAGUAGCCAUAUUGACAAAACAAUGAUGCUCAAACUUCCAAUCUUCUAUGGGUUAGAGUUGUGAUUGGAAUCCGUUGUAUAACGCUAGGUUAAGUUUUCCAUGAAAAAUUGGAUGGAAAUGAAGCUGACCCAGUAUGACUCUGCUGCAAUGUUCAGUUCUUUUACUGAGCAUUUGUAAGGAAAUAGAUUUUUGAUGUUUUUUCCUUCCCGUUUUACAAUGUAUGGAGAAGUUGAAUCA